AUGAACUCAGACGCUUCGGUGGCUGAUCUUCUCAAGGACAUCGACGACUCCUCCUUGAAGAUCCACUCCAUGUACCAGCACAAAUCCUACUUGCCCCAUAACAAGCGGGUCUCCAACAUCGCCUGGCGUAUUCAGAACCAGAAGGCUCUUAAGAGACACCAUACCGCUGGCGUCGAGAAGCCUGCUUCCGCCAGAAGAUCCUCCAAGCAGAUCGAGAUGGACGACCAUUUCGACUACGUCGCCCACAUCCGCAGAAUAUCCCAGGAAGAAGGCUCUCCAGAAGCGAAGAUCGACUCGCCCAAAAAGCACGAGCCCCGUUCCAUCCCGGCAGCCCCUGCUCCUCCUUCUGCCCUGUCCAUGGCUACUCCAGCAUCUUCGGUUGAGAAGAAAGCUUCGGCUAUAUCUUCCACCAACAACAACAACGUGAACAGCACGACCACCGGUUCGGGAGGCUCCUUCCUCUCCUCGUACAUUAGUCUGCUCGAGUCCACAUUAAAGCAGGACUAUAAGUUGAGCAAAGAGAGCAAAACAUCUCCUCCGCAAUCAUCCUUUACCAUGCCAUCCCAUUCUGCAUCCACCCUCACGCCAGCUCCUCUGGUAAACUCGAAGAAUGACUCCUCCACAAAGAACUCUUUGCAGUGCACAAAUUGCCAGACUAGAACAACGCCUUUGUGGCGGAAAACCAGUCAGGGAGACCUUCUCUGCAACGCCUGUGGUUUAUUCUAUAAGCUUCACGGCAUUUUGAGGCCUCUAAACAACUCAGCCCUGGCCCAACAUGGUCAGCCCUCGCCCGUCUCUCGAUACGGCGCAGUGUACGACCCCAAGUAUAACAAAGGCAGGAAGUCCUUGGACAGCGUGAUAUCCAACAAUAACACCGGGCUAUUCAGACAGCUCACGGAGCCCAACUCAGGCAGUUUCAGCUCUUACCCAGACACCUCCAGCACCAUGCCCACCACCAUCUCCCCAUAUGCCGAUAGUCUUCUGAACUUCCUAGACUUCCAGCACUCUGGACUGGAUGCAUUCCACCAAAAUGACAUUCAAAACGGUCCAGACGAGAUGGACAAGCUUCUCAACAUGAACCUUUUUCAACUGGACUCCUUUACAAUUGGAGCAGAUGAUUCUCCCCUGCACCAUAUGGGGGACUUCAGCGCCAUGGACGCAGACGCUCAUACGACCAAUCAGGCGUCCGCCAACAAUACCACCAUGAAGAUGGCCCAUCUUGAGGCUACAGACGAGAUUCUUAUAGACGAGCCCAGCAAGAGCAGCAGCUGGAACUGGCUUGAUUUUGGGCCAGCAACCACCAGUGGUGGUGAUUAA